GCUUUUAUAACCCACUCAUUUAAUAACUGGUUUCAACCGAGGAGCUUUUAGAAGUUAGGAUUCCCAGGCAUACCCCAGACAAAUAAAAACAGAAUCUCUGAGAACAGAAGACAAGUAUCAGUAAUUUUUAAAUCCCCCAGAACCCCAAUGCAACUUCAAAGAGAAGUAAUCUACAACUAACUAGAUGGCAGUUACUCUAGUAAAGCAGUUAAAGUGUUCCUCCCUCCAAAGCAAGAGAAUGACCACUCCAGGCUGAGGCAGAAGACCAGGAGACCAUGAAACAAGACUGCAUAAGAUGAGAAAAAGGAGUGAAAAGAGAAGAGGAGGAGAGAAGAGAGAGUGCAUCUUUGUGCUGUUCAAAGGGCAGGGCAGGAACAGAAAGGAAAAAUGAAAUGGCAAAGGAAAGAAAGGAAAGGGAGAAGGAAGUAAAAGUUUGUAAAUAUUAUGGCCCACAGGCUGCAAGGAGGCUAGUAGGGUUACUGUCCUCUCUGAAUCCAAGGCUCCAUCACCUAGCAGGACCUCUAUGACCUCACGCUGGAGUAGGUCACAGCCCAAGGUGGGGGGAGGGGGCACCUUAACUUCCUGGGCAGAUUGGGGGUUCCUGCAGCAGUCACUACCUUGCCCAACCCCUCCCCACCAUGUUGGUCAGUAACCCCCACCUGCUAACACUGGAUGAAGCAGAUGCCACUUGGGCCCUCAUCAAGGAUAAGGUCAUCGAGGAGCGUUUUGGGUCCAAUGUAGUGGCAGUACCUUUCCUGUCGGAUGCAGCCUACUAUGAUCUACUGGGCGUGCUAGUGAAACAGUCCCGUCGAGCCCACACCCGCCUAACUUUGCCAGGCCGGCAGGGCCGAAGGGCACUGAAAUCAGUAGGGCUGCUACCAAAUCUUCUAGAACAGGCAGGGUCUGAGGGUGUCUUUGCCCACUGCACUCGGGAAUACUCACCAAAUGGCCGAGCCGAGAUAGCCUAUGAAGAAAUGCGAAUGUUGGAUGGGCAGCCCUGCCGGAUCCGCCUACAUAUGGGAGGUCUGCGCAAGAAGGUUGCUUUCCUGCUGCUACCACCAGGGCAGGUGAGCCUACAGCAGAAUCUUCCCUGGAUCCGAAGCACCCACAGCAUCUACGUCAUCUACCAGGUCUUCUCCUGCACCUGGCUGCAGCUAGGGCUGUUACCUACAGCCCGUGAGCCCCAGCUGCUCCGGUUACAGCGGUCACUACCUAUUGCUUUCUCCUGCCUCAAGUUUUCACUGCAGCCCAAGGGUGUGCUGGGACCACAGAAGUCUCUGACCAAAGAUCCCUUGCCCCAAGGAGCCACCUGGGUUAGACCUAGCCUUAGCAUCUUAUCAACUCUGGCCCCCACAUCAGUACCUGCUGAUACCCUUGAAGUUGCUGAUGCAUCUCCACCUGUCCCAGCCCCACCUACACCACCUCCCCAAGAAGGGCCAGAAGGCAGACCCACCAGAUUCUCCUAUAAGGGUCGAAACCCCUUCCGGAGGGGCCCCUAUAUGCUUUCAGCAGAGAACUGGCUCUUCAGCCCCCGCAACCCCCCACCAGGAGGCCAGGGUGGGGGCCCCGGGGACCCCGACCGGCACUCCAUGUCCCUGCCCCUGCUGCAGGGUCUGUCCUCAGAGUUCGACAGCGACGAAUGAAGCUGAGGCAAGAGACGCAGGGGGCGAGGCCCCUAAGAUCUGACAUAGGGAUAAUGGUCCCCAAUAAACAUCAGCUGCUGCACCCCCAA